AUAUAUCAAUUUCUAGUGGUGCAUUUUCUCACUCCUUUGACUACUUUUCUCAUUCACUAUAUUUACACAUAUAUAUCACCAGCAACUCUCCUACCAUCAAAGCUUCCUCACUUUGUGUUUUUCUCCCUAUUUUUCCUCUUUGUUUUUUUUCUCUCAUUCCUCCAAAUUUUUCCUUUCGUUUUCUUUUCUUGCUUUUCAUUUCACAUAAUUUUUUUGUGCUAAGGGAAUGUGGGAGGCAUUUGAUGGUGGAUGAAAGGAGAUUAUGGCCGAGGCUCUUGAGGAAGUGGUAGGUGGCCCCUCUAAGGACCUCUUCCACAUCGUUAAGGGCAAAAGAACCAAACGUCUUCGCCUUCAAUCUCCAAAUAUCCCUUUCGCCAUCACUACAUCACAUGAUUCAUUAAACGCAUACGACAAAGAUAGUAGCGAUGAUGUAAAAGACAACGUCCCCUGCAGCAGCAAUAACAACAACAUCGAUAAUAAUAAUAUCAAAGAUGGUACCGGCAAUGGAGAAUAUAUUGCCUGCAACAACAACAACAAUAUCGAAGGCAUUACCUAUAGCAACAACAACAACGAUGAAAUUCCAUCCUCAGCUGCCUCGUCUGAGGUAUUUAUCAACACGUUCACCGAGGAGGAGGAGGAAACCGCCAAGUGUCUUGUACUAUUGUCCAAAGGCAGUGAUGAUUAUCCCCGUUCUCGUAGGUUUAUUACAAACGACAAUAAUGUUGAUUUUUUCAACGAUGAUUUAAGGUUGUACCAACCCAAAUUCAACAGUAAAAGGUACAUUGAGACGUCCACCAACUCAGUGGAUGGUACAAAGGCAGGAAUAUAUGUGUACGAAUGCAAGACGUGCAAUCGUACAUUUCCAUCUUUCCAAGCAUUAGGUGGACACAGGGCAAGUCACAAGAAGCCAAAGACAUUAUUAAACACUGAAAUUAACAAGAAACCAUAUUUCGAUUUCUCAGAUGAAGAUGAUUAUCAACAACAUUCACCAUCAACGACAACAUUGUACAACAAAAACAAGAAUAACAUCAGCAAGAAUUUGCCAAAUUCUUCCAACAAGUUAUACUCUUCUUCUCCUAGGAUUCAUGAAUGCUCAUAUUGUGGUGCUGAAUUUACCUCAGGACAAGCUUUAGGAGGUCACAUGAGACGCCAUCGCGGGGGGGCUAACGUAAAUUCACCCUUGCAUUUGAGCAAUUUAAGUCCUGCAACUUCUAUAGAUCAAGAAUUUGCUAACAAUAUUAUGAAGAAACAAAGAGAUGAGUUGUCUUUAGACCUUAAUCUUCCAGUCACAGAUGAUCCUGUUGUAUCUUUAAAGCAACAAGAUCAAGAACAAACACAAAGGCAACUUGUUGAUUGUCAUUAUUGAUUAUGCAGGUUCUUAUU